UUUGCCGAUGCCAGUUAUUGUUGGCAUCCACGCAAAGACACUUUAUUGUUCGGCUUUUUUAGGCUACCCCGAUCGCCUCGACCUUCCGGAAGACUCUUCACCGGAUACAGAGACUCUCCCAGUCAGACGGCCGUAGCGAAUCCCCGCUCUUCCGAUCUGAGAUUUCAUCUGAAUUGCUAAUUUGAGACGAUGAGUGAGGUAUUUGAAGGAUAUGAGCGCCAAUACUGCGAGUUUUCAGCGAAUCUUUCGAGGAAAUGUACCGCUGCUGCUGCGCUUGAUGGAGAGAAAAAGAAGCAAAAGAUUUCAGAGAUAAAAGCUGGAGUGGAUGAAGCAGAAACAUUGAUUAGGAAAAUGGACCUUGAGGCAAGGAGUUUACAGCCAAAUGUGAAAGCAGCACUUCUUGCUAAACUAAGGGAAUAUAAAUCUGAUUUGAACAAUCUGAAAAGUGAAGUUAAAAGAAUUGCAUCUGGCAAUGCAAGCUUGGCUGCAAGAGAUGAACUGUUGGAGUCAGGAAUGGCUGAUGCACUGACGGCAUCAGCUGAUCAAAGGGGAAGAUUAAUGAUGUCAACUGAGAGAUUAAAUCAUUCCAGUGAUAGAGUCAAAGAGAGUAGGAAAACCAUGCUGGAGACAGAAGAGCUGGGUGUUUCAAUUCUCCAAGAUCUGCAUCAACAGAGACAAUCUCUCUUACAUGCUCAUAACACGCUUCAUGGAGUGGAUGACAACAUUGGAAAGAGUAAGAAAGUAUUGACUAACAUGUCAAAGAGGAUGAGUAGGAACAAGUGGAUUAUUGGCACUGUCAUUGCAGUCCUUGUCCUUGCUAUCAUUUUGAUUUUGUACUUCAAACUUAGAAAAUAGUCAAGGAGGUUGGCUUCUGUUCUGGUGGCUGCGGCUGCGGCUGCGGCUGCCUCAAGAGAAAUGUUCGUCUUUCCUGCAUUUAAACUUGUUCUUGGUUUGUGAGUACCUACAUAAACAUAUUGCGGAUGAUGUGAAUUGUCAUAUACUUUCGGAUAUUCAUGGUUGUUGAAUACUUGGAUAUUCUUUCGGAAACUAAUUGUGUGGGAUUCUCUUGUAUAAAUUGUAUACUGCCAUUAUAUUGUGCAAAAACCGAAACCGAGUGUUGUGCAUG